AAGCAGAGAGUAACGCCGGUGGUGGUGGUGGCGUGGAGAGCCGGGCGAAAGGGAAAAUGGUCGGGCGAACACUUUUUUUCUCCCCCAUUUAGAGGCAGGUUUUUUGACACGGCGGUCGUUCGAUCGACUUCCAUUUGUCUCCGAGCAUUCCGUCGACAAAGGUCCGCGAAACCGCGCGCUUGCACCGGUGCAGUCGUAUCUCUUCGCGAAGAUGCAUCACGAUCGUUUCCACCUGACCUGAUCAAUUCCCCGUAUAAAACACCUCUGUUCAGUGAAUUUUCGAUAAAUUCUCGAGGACCCCUUCAACAGUUGUAUCUCUCGAAAGUUUCAACCUGUGAUUUGUCAGCAUCAGUGUGAACGAUAAGAGGGUAUUUAGGAAGAGGACAACCCGCGCGACCAGGUGAACUGAAAUGAUACAUUGGAUCGGGCUCGUCUAAGAAGCUGCAAGAAUGGUGCGGAGAUUUUCGUGGUGCACGACGGUGGCAUUGGUGGUGCUACUUUUCGUCACAACCGAAGGUCUUCGAGAACGUAGCACUCAGGUCGAUGAUCAGAAAACCGCGAGUCGUGGUAGUCUGAGGUAUAACACUAAGUCGUUGGAAGAAUCUACAACUGUAUCGUCGUUUUCGAGAUCGAGAUCGAGCCAAGACAGAAAAAAGUUCUCGAAUCUUGAAAGAUACCACGAGGAAACAACCCUGAGAUCUCCGGUCGAUUCAGAUUCGGUAUUCGACUCGGUGAGAACCUCUUCGGAGGCAUCAGUGAAAAGAAGAGAUGGUAAAAGAUAUUCUCCAGAAAGGACGAAAUCAAAGGACAACGAGAAUGAGACGUCCAAAGUUAUUUCGCGAAGAGUAUCAAACGGGAGGGUCAGUGACCCUGCAGUUACCGAGAGGUUGGACAACAAAGGACCCUCGGUUUUCGCGAUAACCACCGAAUCGUCGAGAUCCAGGACCGGAAGGAAGAUCCAGACAACUUACUCGACGAAAGAUCUCAAGACGCAGAUACCUACCUCGAGGAGAUACAAUAAUAAGAAGGCGGAGAACACCGAGACGACUACAGCCUCGUUUAGAAGAGAAGGAAAAGGUAGAUCUACGACGGAACGUAUUGAAAGAAGCACCAGGUCUGGCAGAUCGAAGGUAAAUAACAGGGAGAACAAUUCCAUCAGUCGCAAAGGUCAAGAAGCAGCUUUAUUCGAGUCCGAGAGUGUCAGGGUCGACAUUCCUUUAGCGGUGGAGGGAACAGAGAAUCCAUCUGCAGACGUUGUUACAACUAGUGGCUUUAGUGUUGUUUCUCAGAGAAGAUCAGACACAAAGGAGACACUCAGGGGUAACGCAAGGACUGGAGUCGAAAGAUCGAAGGGUAGAGGUCGAUCAAACGAUUCUGAAGUUGCUGGGUCUUCGAGGAACAGUUCUCGAAGAGGAUCCUCCAAGUUCAACGAUUUUUCGACCACGGAAGCUAACGAACAGAUCGUUAGCUCGAGGAAGAACACGGCCAGAGAUCGUUCGAAGAGUUUGGAAUCUAGAAAAAAUGCUGCCAGUGAAUCAAGAUCGAGAUCUAGGGGUAGAGGCUCUGAAAAUAAUGCGAGGAACGGUUCUAAUGGCGUUCUGGAGCGAGAUGCUAAACGUAAAGCAGUUGGAGACAGAAAAUCUUUGGACAGAAGGUCCAGGCUCUCCGAGACCACCCCCAGGUCCGCGGAAAAUAGGGGACAGGAUCAAGAUUCCAGGAGAUCCAGAAACAGAGCCAGACCGGAUGCUACAACGAUUUUGACUACGGAUGUUACCACAACUAUUGCGCCAGAUACAACAGUUUUCGCCGACGUAACCUCCGAGUCCGAAAUGACGAGCAUCACCAUGAGACCAGCGACUCCAGUUGCGAGCACCACGAGUUCAAGACCCACCACGACCACCAGACCAUUCUCGAGCACAACCUCGACGACCGAGGGAUCAGGAAGAGGCAGAGGAAGAGGCAGAGGCAGUAGCCAAGGAAGAAAGCAGCAGAAGGAAGAUUUCUUUAAUCAUGGACUGGGAUUUAGGGGUAGAAAGCCUUCCCUUGAAGGAGCAUCGAACACUAGAGAGUCUAAAAAACCUUCCGCGCCGAAAAAUGAUUCCCAGUAUCAUGGAAAUUUUGGCUGGACUCUUAGAAGACGACCUCCUAACGCCAAUUAUUCUGAUAACCUCCCGAAGGCUAUUCCUCCCACAAGGGAUCAGACGAACGAGGUGAUUCCUCCGAAUGAACUAUCGACCAGCACCGAAGUCGUAACAACGGUGGAAAGUUCCACGUCUACCUUGAGAAGAGGCUUCAAAAAGCUCCAGACUACCGAGGAAAGCACCACAGAGGCGGACGCGGCGACGAAGGGUUACAGAAGAGGUAGCAAGACAUUUGGACCUGGCAAGGCGAGCGACCAUGAAGAGAGUGACAAUUAUCCUCCCGAGUUUAAGGCGAGAUUGACUCAGUUGAAGACUACGAAUACGAAAAUACCAGCCCCGAAAACUACCUCUAGAACGCCAUUGGAGGAUCAGCCGAAGAAUACCUUUGGUCGACGCUCGAGAAACAACUCGAGGACAAUCGAGGACCUCGAAUACGCAGCUUCAAGGGAUCUUGUAUUCAAGGAUCAAAAUUUUAUUGACAAUCCGUUCGCUUUGAUAAAUGGCAGAGGAUUGCGACGCGUGAAGAGAUCUUCGGCCGCACUGUUCGCCGAACGAUCGAGGAUGAAGCUGGAACUGGCUAGGAGGUUAGUGAAGCCAGAGUUGAACAUCGAGGAGAAUGAUCUCGACGCAACCACGGCCUCCUCUUUCAGCAAACCGAAGCCAACCGUGCUGUCAACGGUCGACGAGACGAGCAAGGUCACCAAAUUCGUUAAACCCUCCCAGACUUCUCGUAGAAGCUCCACGGAAAAGAGGUCCAAGGAAAACGAGAAAGCGUCGAAAGUUUCCGCAUCGAGGUCAACCGUCGAGGAUUCUUCCUCUAGACUGGCUAGACCGAACUCGAAGAAAGGACGAAUCAUCUCGGAGAGAAUGGUCACCUCGAUCUCGGUGGAGGAGAGGGCUGCCAUCGAAGACACCACGAAGCCAUACGCGUCCACCGUUCACUCCGUCGUAACUUCAGCCUCCGCAGAAGAGGGAUCAGCUACCACCAUCGACUCCACCAGGAUCCGCUUGUCCAAUUUUCGAAACGGAAAGAAAUCCAAGGAAGAGAACUCGACGAACAAGAGACGCAUAGAAAACCAUGACACCAUUACCACUUUCAAGCCGAAGAAACCUUAUGCUUAUCAACCACGCGGUACCAAAUUGCAAGAACAAUCUACUACCCCUGUACAGACUCCCGUAGCGUCGUCUAAAAAGACCUAUGCCUCUCCAAAGUACAACGGAGGGCAAAGGAAGUCGCAGACCUCUCAGGAAGAGGAUACUGAUCAAAGGAUCAAGUCCACCGGUGUUACCAAACCCACCUUCAGACCCCGUUACAGCAAAAGAACGAAGCAGAAGUCGAUCGAGAAUAAAGCAACGGAUUUCGAAGCGACGAUUACCACGAAGGUACCCAUAGCUACCAGUAGAUACUCCAGGAAGAAGGCUGUAGUGAAGGCUACAGAGGCUAAGUCGAAAGCCACCACGGAAGGAACAGCAACGCAGACGAAGAAGCUGGAGUUUCGACCUAGAACCGCGACCUAUAGAAGGCACUCCGAAGUUCCCACGACCUUGGUAGAAGUCAGUACCAAGGUCGACGGUACCAGAGUCGCCAUCACUCCCAGAUCCACCAAGUUCCCCGCGACGUUGAAGUCGACAGAGAGCACUCGAUCGGUAGGGCAGGAACCGCAGGUGAACCUGAAGAUCGCGAACGACACGACGCAAGAUGGAUCCGGUAUUACAGGCAGCAGCAAUGGCGACAGCGGCAACACGAAUAUCUUCAGUCCGACCAGAAGCACCAUUCUAAGCGGGAACAACACGCUGCUGGAACAACUCCGAAGCACGGUUGCUCCGCUUCUCAACUCGCUCGGUAACAAGACUCCUGUGUUCUCUGGAUCAUACAGCAACGUUAACAAUGCGAACUCACCUCCCAGAAUCACGCCAAAUGGAUCGCCGCCACGAUUUAGCGCGAGAUACAAAGGUGCGGAAUUGUUUGUCAAGAAACAAAAUAAUGUUUAUCAGCCCACUGUGCCAUCGAUCACUAGCUCCUCCACUACACCAGCCACAACUGUAGAGAACUCUGGUUCGGCACCGCCUAUCGAUGUCUCGAGUCCCGGCGAGCCAAGGUUGUUGACUCUUUAUCAGGCGUUGGAAUCGGCCAACAUCAGGAACGAACAAUUACAGAGGAACGCGAACGAACAAGCCGACAGGGUUCUCCAGGUAGACUCUAACGCCACUGUCGCUAACGACAUCAGCAGUAAUUCUAACAAUGACACCACAAGCCCCUCCGUAGCGACCACCAGCCCACAGACCCCAGACACCAUCGCGAACACUACUCUGACCCCGAGAUUAUCCGAGGAUACGGAGAACACCACCCCCGCGGUUACCACAGGAGCCCCUGAAACCCCUGCGACCACCGAACAAGUCACCACAAUUACCGAACAAUCCACUAUCACCGAACAAGCUUCCACCAGUACAGAAUCGUCCUCCAGUACCGAGCAAGCCUCCAUGAACGCUGAUUUGAUGUCUCUGACUGAGCAAACCAGCACGGAUGCAACCACCACGACAGCUGGAGGUUUGGAAAGGAGUCAGGUAUCCUCGAUGAUGACUACCAUGGAGGCUUCUACGACGGCAGCCUCCACGGCUGAUGGAAGCACACCAGGGGCGACCGAAGUCGCAUCUACCACUCAAACGGGGCAAAGUACGAUGGAGACUACCACUGUAGCUGCUGUUAGCGACGCUGCGAUUAUGAAUACGUCCGAGAAUCCAGAGAGCAAUACCAUACCUUUGUCUGAAACGACAGCCACUCAGUCGGUUGAUUUAAGUUCAACUGAUAUUCCUACGACUGAGGCGAUUUCUAAUAAUAUGGUCGACGCGGAGACGACCACAGUAGUACCUACUACCACGUUUCGACCUAGAUUGAUAGAUUUAGCGCAGGAUAUUCUGUCUCGUUUGCAAGCGUCUCUGAACGCGACCACGCAGUCCAGUCUAGACUCCACAAUCACACCUCCUACGACUGAGAUAUCGAACGCGAUACCAGAUUCGAAUAGUACCCUGGAGAGUCUGUCGCAGUUGAACGGAAUAGGAACACCUGGGCCAGGAGAAUUGUCAACUACCGGUGAAACUACCACCCCCAGUGCAGUAGGUUCAGUCCCUACUACGUCAUCUGCCACCACAACCGACCCGUCCAACUCAAUGGUAUCUACCCAAGAAGCCAACACAUUGGACGAAUCAAGUCCAGUCACAACUACCACACCAGUAACACAACAAGAUUUUCAAACAGUUUCGAACACUGAUUCAACCACUGUAGGCGACUCGAACAGUUCCUCCAGCCCUCUGUUAGACGUUGAAGUAACCACCGGCUCGACGAUUACCACCACGAACGAUACUUUACUGACUGAAUUAAUGUCCAUCGCCAAGACCCUCUUUUCGGAAGAGAUAAACGACACCGAGACACCGGUUAUCGUCCAAACUACCACCGUUGUUUCUGACGUAGAAAACUUAACGGGAAACGAGGUUGACCCAUUGUCGAAUGACACGUUAGGCGCAAUUCAAGCCAUAGAAUCGUCGUCGAUUUCGCCAGAUGUCACGACAGAAACUGUACAGUCAACACCAACCACUGUAGCUAUGUCAGACACUUCCACUGUUUCGGUCGAUCCCUCGCAGAACGAGGUGGACUCAACAGAUCCCACCGUGACCGUAUCGUCUUCAGAAAGCUCGACAGACACACCCAGUACAACCCCUGAGAGUAACGUGUUCGACAACCAGCUGGAUAUCGCGCAAACGAACGACGCCACUACGUUAGGAACACCCCUCGCUGAGAACGUAGAGUCGACCACUACCCCCUCGGUUACGACAGACAACGAACGAACGACCCUCUCGAAUGACGUAUCGUCCAGGCUCGAAACUGGCCUCGACACGACGACUCAAUCACCGACAACCACGCAAAGUUCAGAGACGACAGUCGCACUCACAGUUAAUUUCGAAUUAACCACUAACACGUUCGAUUUGACAUCGCCUGGUACGAUAACUACAAGCCCUCCCAAAACGGCUUCUGAACAAAUUACUGAGAACGUCACGGAAACCAUGAUGCCAUUAACCAAUCUCACGACUGUAACAUCAGAGCUUGCAACCGACACUAGUACUAAUCAACCUGAAGCAACUACGAUUCCUGAAACAACCCUAUCCACUGUAAAUACGAUCACUACCACGCCGUUAGCACUGUCUGAAAUGAUAGUUGAGCAAACUACCAUGGUGUCCACUCCAGAGUCGAUCCAAAGUGUAACCGACGUAACAACCACGUCACCAAUCACAACCACAACCCGAUUGGACGUUAAUUCGAUGGAUGACACAGAGGUUACUACUAACCAGACCCCCACAAUGGAAACCACUACUAAUACGCCCAGCGAAACAACAAACAUCCCCCAAACGACCCCAAGCCUCGAGAACGAAACUCCAACUGUUGUUGCCCCUUUCCAGGAUACGACGUCAGCAACCGCCCAAGGGACGGCAGGUUCAGGAAUGGGCCAAACGACCGAAAUCACCACUCCCAUGACCACUUUACCUUCGACCCCUCCGUCCUCGCAAUCCUCCACUUCGCCCUCUCUCAUGUCAACCACUUCAUCUUCGGUCGAGACUACGACUACGACCGCGACGAUGACUACGACGACCCAGACUACGACGAAAAUCGGACGCAUUCCCGAGCAGUUGUCAACGACACAGUCGACCAGCAUGGGUGUAGUCACUGUCACGCCGAUGCCCGAGACGACACUUCCAACCAUGGUGACUAAUGCCAAUAUAGAGGAGAAUCUUGUUUCCACCGAAGCUGGGACGACGAUGCAACCCUUAAGUACAAGAAUGGACGGUGGGCAGGGUGCCAUGAACGAGUCUACGACUGCUAUUCCUACGAAUGCUACCGAAGCAACGACCAUGUCGAUGCCAACAACUCCUGGAAGUUCGACGACCACCGCGCCUCCUAUUCCAAUUUCUCAGCCUCCCACGACGUCGUACAGUGGUCGAUUCGGUGGAUCCAGGCUGACGCCUGCCCCUCGGUUCAGCCCCAGCUCCAGCACCAGAGCUCCUCUACGAGACUACCUGGUCUACGGGAUAUAUCCGAAUAAAACGAUCGUUAGGAAACGACCAGAGGACAACCUGAUCGACGCGAGGAACGUGGACAGCCCGUACGUGAUAUUCGGUAUCUUCCCGGAUGGCAGGCUGGUCCGGAAAUUCCCGAACGGAACGAUUAUACCGGAUCCACCUAGGAGCCCCGUCGAGGUUGUGUUCUCACUUAGCACUACCACUACCACUAACAGGCCACUACCCAGACCGUAUUAUAACCAGGCUAACCAAGGCGUUUACAAUCAGUAUCAAGGCCCGGUGUACAGUAAUAUUCGUAGACCUGAGCCAAUGAGAAUCGUCCAAAGUCCCGGCACCGUUGACCUCGGCCUUACUGGUAACGCGAUCGUCGGCCCCAAUGGAGGUGGACCCGGUUUCACGGGGCCACUUGGUACCCCUGCUAGCCUCCCGAGCACCAACGAAAUGAGCAAUGCCCUGAUAAAUACGCAAAUGGGGACAGCGUCGGUAACGCCGAUAGUAAGUACCGGUCGACCGGCGACCGAUUCGCAGGGCGGUCGUAUCGUCCAGGAUCGAGAGAGGGACGAGGCCACCAGGACGAAAGAGGUCGGAGGUCAACGCAGCUCCGUGUACAUCGGACAGGACAAGUUCGUCAAUUAUUGGACCGACGGCGCCUCUACCACUAACCCCCGUGUGCUGAACGUGAAUAUAAACUCGGUGGCUACUGCCGCGAACGAGGGUCCAGCGCCAUCCGUACCGUCUUUCGAAAAUCUAUUGAACAAUCAGCAGGGAGGAGGUCGAGUCACAGCACCGCCUGGAUUCCCAUGGAGGGAUCCAUUGGAUCAAAUUUUCGGUAUUACUACCUCAUCGCCGAUAAUAACAGCUUCAGUUGCAUCGAACUCGCUGGAUGAUUCGGCAGAAUCAGGUAAUCCAGCUCUACCGCGACCGAUCAAUCCGUUUGUCGAAGUCUUCACACCGUUUUCCAACACGAUUGGUAUGCCAGGAAGCAAUGCAGGAGGUACCUCUGUUACUGGAGCAGUUCCUAGCACAACAGCAACAAUGCCUACUACCCCUAGUACUACUACUGUGUCUACAACAACUACUACCAUGGCACCAACUACUACUACUAUGGCACCAACAACUACAACUACCACUACAGCAGCACCAACAACAACAACUACUACAAUGGCUCCAACUACACCUUCACAGACUACGUCAACUGAACAAGUUGCAAAUAUUGGACCACAAGGAACAGCACCACCAACUCCUACAAGCACGUCUGUUCCUCUUCCAUCAACGACUCCGUUGAAUAUACCGCCAAAUUUGUUGACAAAUAUGCAACAGCAAAACGCAUUUGGAACCUCGGUCAAUGAUUUGGUGUUCUUGAAUUCAUUGUUGCAGAGUAAUUCGCGAAGUUCCACAACGAAAACGCUGACGCAAGUUGAGCAGCUGUUGGCUAACAAGAUUUUAUCCCUGGCACUGAAUGGCCCUGACCCUGGACCAACUCGAGCGCCAAAGGCCAUCAACUACGAGAACGCUUCUCCAAAUUCGGUUUUCCAAUCUCCAAAGCCAUCUUACGAGCCAAUAGUGAUCGAUUUAUCCCCCUCGUCGACAGCAAAGACACCCGCAUGGAAAUCAUUAGAGCAAACUAGUCAAAGACCAUCACCGAGUAGUUCGACACCGACACAGAUCACCUGGAAUCCGGUCACAACCACCACCUCUAAAAGAGACAUCAUAACAAGCACGAUAUCCUCUUCAACAACAGAUAAAACGACACUGAUAAGCACGACUAAAGCUCCUGUAACUGUUUCAAGUAAACCAGUGACCACUCCUCGACCCAGAACCACCACCGAGGCGCCAUUAGGCUUCGCUGGUCUUCUGUGGCAGACUCUUCUGGGUGGAGGAGGACUGUUCGGUCCUUCAACGACCCAGAGACCCGUCAAAUCUAAACCGGUGAAAACUGUAACUAAGUCUGUGAACAUCACGCCCAAACCACCUCAGACCACUCCAAGAUCGGAAACAACCACAGUUCGUACUACUACGACCGUCAAAUCUGUUGAUAUUUCCAAGAUCUACGUGAACACUCCAAAUUCGAUCGUAGAAGGCGAGAAAAAGGCGACUACACCUCCUUCGUUGUCCACGACAAAAAAAUCCUUGCUGAACAAUCCUAAACCGAAAUUGCCUAACGUUGCUACAUCCACGUAUUCCCCUGAAGAGGACACCAAGUUCCUGCUUUCGCUCCUGCAGGCUGUUCAACGGGAGGAGAAAGCGAGUGGUUCGAAAAAAUCACCGAGUGUAUCUCAGGACGAUGAAGCUUUCUUAAGAGCGAUUUUAAGCGGACGACCUCUUACAACUACUCCUGCUCCACAGACGGAAAUCAGCAAUGCUGCCCUUUUGGCUGCAUUGUUAAAAGCUCAAGGUAUAGAACCGGAAACGCCUGCUACCAACAUCAGAGAGCAACUGCAGUUGGCUAGCCUCGGGCUGAGCGUCACCUCUGCUCCGACCGCAUCCCCGGCUACCACUGAGUCUACGACAAUUACAACAAGGCCGACUUCGACUGCAACUCGACCUACGGAUACCACGAAAAACACGCUGACACCGAGACCAACCUCAAGACCAAGGAUACGCACAACAACGUGGUCGCCGAGCUCCACGUAUCCACCUCCUCUCUUUAGCUCCUUCUCCAAUUACGCUACACCGGUACAGUCGGCCGCCGCUGACAAUUCUGAAAAUCGGGCGUUGUUUGGUGCUACCAGGGCGUUCAGUCAAUUUCUUGGUGCUGCGUUAAGCGGAGCGGCACAACAAUUGCAAUCCUUAGUGAGGAAUGGUACUAGGAUCGUGUCCGAAGUAGUUGGAUAAAAUUAGCAGAAAAUAAUGAAAAUUGACCCGUAGAAUAAUAAAAAUGAAAUUUGGCAGGAGUGAAAAUCUGUUACUUCGAAGGAGCUGGUGGUAGCGAUGCUUCGACUAAGUAUUCCUUUAGAUUAUUCAUUAAAACUCUGAGAUUUCUAACAAAUUUAAUCGACAGGUUAUCGAUGUUGCUGAGAAACUUCUCGAAAUUUUCUCCUCUUUUUUUUAUGUAUAGAUUCGUAGAAUUACGUAUAAUAGCUGUUGGGUGAUUACGUGUUCUAUUUUUAAUCAAUUUAGGUGAUAAAGAGAGCGAUGACGAAACUAUUGAAAAAAGAGUAUCGGCUGGACGCCUUGCAAACGUUUCUCAGGUAGGAGCGGGCGACGGCUCGUACCUCUUUGAAACAUUUGUAACGUUGGUCGCAAUUAAGGUAAUUAAUCGAGGACGACGCGGCUCGUCACGACUCUCUGGACAGUGACGAUCCGUGGUGUCCCGUGCGAAAGAGGGCGGUUUCAGGCCCACCCACAAUGAUUGAUUCGACGACCUCUCGUUGGCUGCAAGAAGCUGGUAAUUUAUGAAACAGGGAGAGAAUGAGAAAGAAUGCGUGCAUAGGUGAAUGUGUGUAGAGAAAGACAUGGUUCAAAGGGUGGAUAACGAACGCGUCAAGGGAGUAUUCUGUACAGUUAUAUAUUUUUUUUCUUUUUUAUAUGAUAAAACUGGAAACGUGCAUAAUUGCACGAUUCUUGGGUCUUGUUUAUCUCCUUCGAGGAAAAACGUUAUUGUUGACUUUUGUUUCACGAAAGUGUGUCUCGAUUCUUUUGUAAAUCCGUUCUUAUUUUUUAAUCGUGGGAUCGACCAAAUGUCCUUUGUAAACGAACGAUAAAUAAACAUUUCGGGAAAUGUAGACCCAGAAAAUAGUUGUGUCUCCUUUAGAUUAAAUCCUUUUUUCAUUCACCAUUCGAGAACGGAUCGAGGAGAAAAAAAAUAAAACACGAGAUGGUUAAAUUGUA